AUGGCGGAGAUCCGCGCGCGGGCAAACACUUACAUUUUGGACGAGGAGGAUGACGCUUUCAAACGAAAACGUGCAAAAACGGAAAAGGAGGGCGAUCAGAGAGAUGCGUCGUCGGAAGGGAAACCAAGUAAGGAGAAAGGAGAAGGUGGUAGGCGACGAGAUAAGAAGACAAAGCCAGGGUUAAGGACUGCAAAGGAACCGUUGUAUCAUAGGAAGGAAAGCUUCGAGCGUCGUCGCCCUUGGAAUCAGACCGACUCUCGUCGGCGUGAGGAGUCGGGGAAGAGUCUAAACGCGCAUUUGACAGAACUACUUCGGGAGGUCAAGGCGACGCAUGCGGUCGAGGCGGGAGAGAAGGAGACCGACCCGCCUCGAGUGGCGGUGGACAAAAGAAAGUGGUGCGAGUACUACCGCUCGGCGGGCCACGACACCGGAGACUGUUUCACUUUAAAGAACGAGAUUGAAAGGUUAAUUCGGGCGGGACGCUCGCAGUUAAACGACCGCGGUGACCGUUGGCGCGGCGAGCGACAACAGGGGAAUCGAUACAAAGGGGACCGUCAGCAAGAUGAUCGCCGUCGUACACCGAUUUCUUACAAGAAAGAAACGCUGGCAACAAGGAAGAAGGGGACGGAAGAGACCUUCAACAAAGAUAUCGAGCCACCAGUUGGGACGAUAAACACGAUUGCUGGGGGUUUUGGUGGAGGUGGCGACACAGCUUCAGCGAGGCGAAGGCAUGUUAGGGCGGUGAUGUCAGUGCGAGAGUAUGAGGCCCCAUUUGGUUUCCAUCACCCAGAUAUCGUGAUAUCAUCAGUAGAUUUUGAGGGAAUCAAGACGCAUAAGGACGAUCCGGUGGUAGUAAUGGUAAGAAUCAACAGCUUUAAUGUGCGAAGGGUUCUUCUAGACCAAGGAAGUUCCGCGGACAUUAUCUACGCUGAUGCAUUUGAUCAGCUGGGUUUGACAGACAAGGACUUGAUGCCAUAUACUAGGACUUUGGUAGGUUUUUCAGAAGAGCAGGUAUGGGUGCCCGAGUACUUGGAUUUGGAUACGGUUUUUGGUGUUGAUGAAAACGCCAAGCUUCUGCGCGUACACUAUUUGGUAUUGCAGGUCGUGGCAUCCUACAACAUCAUUAUUGGACAGAACACGCUCAACCGUCUUUGCGCGGCGAUUUCAACGGCUCACCUGGCAGUGAAGUACCCUCUGAUCUGCAGAAAGGUAGGAAAAAUAGCGGUUGAUUAG